UAAUAUUAAUAUUAUAGUAAAAUUUCGUAAAAAUCUGAAAAAGCAAGAUAUCGUUAUCAUAAUUAUUCUUAUCACAUAAUAUAUUUAUUCAUUGAACCAUGAUAUUACUGAAUACUGAUAGUAUAUUCUGGACUCUGGUGAAGUACUUUAAUAUACCUAGUCAGUAAAGUCAGCUACUUAACUUAGUACUUACUAGGUACUUACUGUAAGCUAACUACGCUUAAAAUAUGUUUUACUCAGUGUCGUUAUAAUACUUGUCACUUAAUUGUAUACUGUAUUUUACCUAUAAUCUCCUUUAUUUCUAUACUCCUUAGUUAAAGGUUGUACUAUUCUAUGAAUUGUAAUUAUUAUUAGAUAUUCAUAUUAAUUACAUUUUCACUUAAAUGUCUUCUGCAACUUUUGGUCAAAAAAGUUUUCAACCAACGCCUCCUGAAAAAGGCAGUUUUCCAUUAGAUCAUCAAGGUCAAUGUAAAAAAACUGCUUACAAGUAUAUGUUUUGUUUGAGUGUUAAUAACGGAGACAACUCACAGUGUCGUCAAGAAGCCAAAGACUAUUUGGAUUGCCGUAUGCAAAAUGAUUUGAUGGCAAAAGAAGAAUGGACUAAGCUUGGAUUGGCUGAUGUUGAAAGUACCAAGAACAAUAAUACAACUCAAUAAUCAUGCCACAUGUUUUGAUUGCUUGCAGUGCUAGUGUUGCUGCUAUCAAAAUACCAGAUAUUAUUUCUCAACUUGUUCAAAAGAACAUUAGCACAACAUUAGUCGUCACAGAAGCUAGUAAACAUUUUUUAGAUGUCGAGAAAAUUAGAAAAGAUUUAAAAAUCGAUGUUUAUACUGAUCAAAAUGAAUGGGAUACUUGGAAAACUCGAGGAGAUCCCGUAUUGCAUAUUGAACUUUCCAAAAAAGCUGAUUUAUUGGUACUUGCUCCUUUAAGUGCUAAUACUAUGGCCAAAGUGAGUACAGGAAUUUGUGACAAUUUAUUAACAUGCAUUGUUAGAGCUUGGAAUGUUUCAAAACCAGUAUUGUUUUGUCCAUCAAUGAAUACUCAAAUGUGGAAUCAUCCAGUUACUAAAGAUCAAGUAGAUAAAUUGGUGUCAUGGGGAUAUUGUCUAAUUCCUCCAAUUGUUAAGACGUUAAUGUGUGGCGAUCAUGGUAUUGGUGCAAUGGCUGAAGUUGAAACUAUUGUAAAUCAAAUUAUGGAAAAACUUAAUAAUUUGUAAAAUAAUCCUUAGAACUUAUAUUUUUUUUUUUAUUUAUAAAUGUCUAAAAAAAUUAUAAUUUAAUGAAAUAAUAAAAUUUUCAAACAAAA